GAGAGCGGAUCCUGACGCUCGCAAAGUCCAAGGUGCUGAAUCACACAGUCCAUACUAAAGAAUCCUCCUUUAAUCACAAUUCGUGUAGAGGUUGCAGAUCUCCACGAGUAACCCUUUUUCUCCGCUCCAAAGGCACUAACCCUCUUGAUUCUUUCCCUGGCUAAUUCCAUAAUUGCCAAAAGACCUUUUCGGACCAAAGCAACCCUUUCAACUAUCUCCUCUCUCUACACAACAAAACACCAACAAAAGGGGAUCGUCACUCGCUCCAAAAACAAAGAAGCCAUGGCAGAAGAAGCCACAAUCGUCCUAGAGAUACACAUCUACUCGAACCCAUCCUCCUCCUUCUCGCCAGGCUGGACCCGAAGCUUCCACCUCCGCCUCUCCCCCUCAACCGCCACAAAAGCCCAACUCCUCUUCCUCGUCCGUGCCUCCGUCACCCGCCUAGGCCGCGCAGACCCCAUCGUCGAGGACCAGAUCACGCUCUACUGGACCUCCCGCACCGGCCGCGUCGUGUCGAUUCCCGGUGAUGGCGGCAGCAGCAGCAUCUCGGCCACUGCCUCGGUCACGAUGCCUGUAUGGCAGCAGCAGGCUCCUCCCCACCUAAUGACCUUCAACGUCGGGUACCCCGCACUCAUCCAGCCUCCUCAGCCGCUGCCGCUGUCCCAGAUGAUGAUGAUGAAGCCGACUAUGCCUUUGGCCAUGACAUACUCCAACGGCGUAAACUACCUCCACUCCUACGGCAACCCUACCACGCAGCAGCAGCCUACAUACCCAACCAUUGUCUCCGCCGGACAGCAGACGUGGAUCAUGGGAGGUGGUUCGCCCCAGCUCAGCUUCGUCAACGUAAACGUGCCCACCUCUACCAUCGGUGGUGGUGGUGGUAGACCCGUGGUCUCAGACGUCAUUAGAGAAGCUCGCCUGGAUACAAUCCCCGAGGCAGCGCUGGGCGGGAUGCUGGAGUGGAUCCGUGGACCUACGGGACUCAAACUGGUUGUCGUGGUUGAUGUCGAUGGGAGGGAUGUUGUCCCUGUCGUUGUUUCUGCUCCUGCUCCUGCAUCUGUUGCCGAGCCUCAUCUUUCUCCUACUUCUCUUGUGGCGGCUUCCCCUUCGCCUUCGGCUGCGGCUACUACACCCGUCGCUCCGGCUUCGCCUGCUUCCGCGCCGGUCUCGCCUGGCACUGAUACACUCCCUCAGGCGACUUCCUAA